AACACCCUUUGCAAAGUGAAAUUAUUAGAAAAAUAAAAUUGUUUUCAGCUAAAGAGCUUGGUGCAAGUGGCCCUAAGCCAAUCAUAAAAGAAUUUUACAACAGUUCUACCGCUACACUCUCCGCUGAACGCAGCCAUUGACGACGUAUAUAUUAUACGUCAGCUGUUUUUCCUCAUUUGAUUCGUGAUUCAGCAUUUUGAUUAUUUAAUUCACGUAAGCCGUAAAUUAUCGCGCAGUUUGUCGUCAAUUGUUCAGAAGUUCGGGAUUAGAGGAUUUGCUCGAGCAGACAGGAAUAUAUUCACGAUGUCGAUAACUAAGGCAGUCUGUGUCCUUCAAGGAGAACCUGUUAAGGGAACCUUGUAUUUUGAACAAACGGCAAAUGUGAAUACAGUAAAAGUGACUGGACAGAUUUCUGGUUUGCAACCAGGUCUGCAUGGAUUUCAUGUUCAUGAAUUUGGCGACAACACUAAUGGUUGCACAAGUGCAGGAGCUCAUUUCAAUCCAUUAGGAAAGGAUCAUGGUGGCCCAGAUCAUGUUGAACGUCAUAUUGGAGAUUUAGGAAAUGUGAGAGCUGGUCCUGAUGGCAUCGCAAAUGUUGAACUUACCGACUCAAAGAUUCAACUCUGUGGAAACCAUAGUAUCAUUGGACGAACUCUUGUGGUCCAUGCUGAUCCUGAUGAUUUAGGACAGGGUGGUCACGAGUUGUCAAAAACAACUGGUAAUGCUGGCGCUCGUCUUGCUUGUGGUAUUAUUGGCAUCACAAAAUAAGCAUUUGGUGAUAUGUAUACAUUACACAUGGUACAACAAGUUAAUAAAUAUGGUUUAUGUUAGGGAUAUGUAUACUAUUUUCUUAUCAUUUGGUUUUCAGCAUAAAGUUAUCAUGCAAAUGUUUUUUCAAUAUUAUGUAAUAAUAAAGUAUUGAUUUUUCCUAAAUAUAA